UCCAAUACUCGUUUAAGCAAGCAUCAUCAUCAAGAAAGAGAGAAAAUGUCGGAUUGGGGACCGCUGGAUUUUUGUCUGUUCGUGAGUAGAAGAAUUUGGAUGGUCGCCGAUGUAAGGGUUUCGUUUCCGCCAUGAACACCAAGCGCGCCUACAAGCUCCAGGAAUUUGUGGCACAUUCUGCUGCUGUUAAUUGUCUUAAGAUUGGGAGGAAGUCCUCCAGGGUUCUCGUUACAGGCGGGGAAGAUCACAAGGUCAAUCUAUGGGCUAUUGGUAAGCCCAACGCCAUCCUGAGCUUGUAUGGGCACUCUAGUGGGAUUGAUUCAGUAACGUUUGAUGCUUCGGAAGGCUUAGUAGCAGCAGGAGCUGCUAGUGGUACAAUUAAACUUUGGGAUCUCGAGGAGGCAAAGGUUGUCAGAACUCUCACUGGUCACAGGUCGAACUGCGUAUCCGUGAAUUUUCACCCUUUUGGUGAGUUUUUUGCUUCUGGGUCUCUAGACACUAAUCUCAAGAUAUGGGAUAUAAGAAAGAAGGGAUGCAUCCAUACUUACAAGGGUCACACUCGAGGGGUCAAUGUACUCAGAUUUACUCCAGAUGGUCGUUGGAUUGUAUCUGGAGGAGAAGAUAAUGUUGUCAAGGUUUGGGAUUUGACUGCUGGAAAACUUUUGCAUGAGUUUAAGAGUCAUGAAGGGCAAAUUCAGAGUCUAGAUUUUCAUCCCCACGAAUUUCUGCUGGCAACAGGUUCAGCUGAUAAGACUGUAAAAUUCUGGGACCUUGAAACAUUCGAGCUUAUUGGUUCUGGUGGAACUGAGACUACUGGGGUCCGUUGCCUGACCUUUAAUCCAGACGGAAAGAGUGUGCUUUGUGGAUUGCAAGAAAGUCUCAAAAUUUUCUCAUGGGAGCCAAUAAGAUGUCAUGAUGGAGUGGAUGUUGGAUGGUCAAACUUGUCGGAUAUGAAUGUUCACGAGGGAAAGCUUCUCGGUUGCUCAUACAAUCAAAAUUGUGUUGGCGUUUGGGUUGUUGACCUCUCGCGCACUGAGCCUAUGAGUGGAGGCGCCAGCGCCACUCAGUCAAAUUCUCAUCCAGAGAAAACAUCGGGCUCAGGCAGAGAUCAAUCAGCCACAGGAAGUGUAUCAGACUCUCCUCACAGGGUUACUUUGACCAGUGCUCCAAAAAGUGCUUCUGGUAUUUCGACAGUUGUCCCCACUGCUGCAGCCUCCAAGAGAAAUUUUGGAAAAGCUAACCCAAAGGCGAAUCCUCCUGUAAUCAAUAAAGAAGAUUAUUUUCCAGUAAUUGUCCCCAGAACGGAGCCAAUAAUUGAGCAGGCAUCUGAAUUCAGAGCAGAACUUGACAUUAUUGGAAGAACUAUGCCAUAUUCGCUGCAGUCAAAGGCGGCUGAUUCUCGGAGGCUGUCAAGCAGCAAAAAUGAGCCAGAUCUACCAACCAGUUCGCUUCUUGAAAGGUCUCAGUCUCAACAUAUAGAACCAAUCACUUUACAAGAUGGGAAUACAUAUCCUAGUGACGAAGGUGGCUCAUGGGAUACAGCUGAGAGAAUAAAUAAAGAUAGCAGAUACAGGGUAUUUGGAAGGUUUAAUUCAAGAUCACUGGUGAGAUCACCUCCGAGAAAUCACGACGAAAACUCUGACUUGAUUAGCUAUAAUGCAAAUAGAGAUUCAAGUCCUACUGAAAGUCGAAAAGGAGGAAGACUGCAUUCCCUCGUUCUAAAUAGAGAAAGAAGAGGAAGAUUUUCAAACUUUGAGGGUCCUGUUUCGAGUUCUUCUGGUGGAAAUAUGACUGCACCAAACAGUCGCCCUUCCAAUAUGGUCAAGCACAGAGGAAAUCAUGAGCCAGUUGAUCAAGGAGUCACUUCUGCUAGCGAAGAAGAUAUUGUUGUAGACAUAAUGGGGCAACACGAUCAAUUUGUCAGCUCCAUGCAGUCUCGUUUGGCUAAGUUACAGGUUGUCCGUAGAUAUUGGGAAAGAAAUGAUAUUAAAAACUCGAUAAGUUCAAUAGAGAAGAUGGCUGAUAAUGCUGUCGUUGCGGAUGUACUACUUAUAGUAAACGAGAGACCUGAGAUUUUGACACUGGAUACUUGUACCUCUCUUCUUCCCCUUUUGACAACUCUUCUAGGGAGCAACAUUGAUAGUCAUUUGAGUGUCUGCCUGGAAUUGCUGCUUAAGCUGGUAAGAAUGUAUGGGUCACAAAUUUACUCGUCGCUUUCGGCUCCAUCAUCUGUUGGUGUAGAUAUUGAGGCUGAGCAAAGGAUGGAGCGGUACAGCUGUUGCUUUGUCGAACUCGAGAAAAUCAAGGCUUGCCUUCCCUCUUUAGCAAGAAGAGGAAAUUUGGUGGCUAAGACUCUGCAUGAACUUAACUUAACAUUUCAAGAAGUUUCAUCAUGAUGACUCCGUACUUUUUGGAUGUGGAUUUGGUUCCAGUGUGGAGUUUAACAAUACUAAAGCUAAUUCUACCAA